AUGAAUUUGGUCGAUUUUGAUGAGAGAUUGGUUUGGUUGGGGUUGGAGUUGAUGAAGAUGGUGGAGAUAGGGGGUUUCGAGGAACUCUUCAAACUUCAUUGUCGAGUCCACCGAGUCAUCGACCAUAUCAUUGCCCCUGCUCCAUCAGCCGCCGGCGACUCCACCACGGCGAAAACCGAAGCUGAAAUUGCUGAAUGGAACCGUCUCGACGCUGCCGUCCUCCAAUGGAUAUAUGGUACGAUUUCUCAUGACCUCCUGAGCACGAUUAUAGUUCCUGACACCACUGCCAUGAAGGCCUGGAAGAGCCUUCGUCUCAUCUUUCAGGACAAUGAAAUUUCUCGUGCCGUAUACCUGGAACAACAGUUUAACGCCGUUAAACUAGACAACUUCCCUAACAUGGACUCCUAUUGCCUUGAAUUGAAAACCCUAGCUGACCAACUUGCCGGCGUCGGUGCUCCGGUGUCUAACAACAGGCUCGUUUUGCGACUAAUUGCUGGGCUAAAUGCAAACUAUGAUGGUAUGGCCAUCAAUUUAUCACGAGCAAAACCCCUUCCCUCAUUCACAGAAGCACGGUCCAGCCUCUGUAUGGAGGAAAAGCGCAAAGCACACCAGGCCGGAGACGGCGCUACUGUCGACGCCACGGCUCUCCUUACCACUAACCACCAUGACGAUUCGGACGGUGCCCCAAACAAUUUUAAUCGUUCGAAUCAACCUCGCCGCGGCGGUAAUAAUGGAAAUCGCGGCCAUAACGGUGGUAAGAGGGGUGGCCGGGGAAAGCACAGGGGUGGUAACAACGGCGGCAACUCCUCCGGGGCUCAGACCGGCGGUGGUCAGCAGCAGGCGCCGCAAUCUUGGGGUUCCUGGCAGUGGGUUCCCCAUGUGCCUCAACAGCAGCAGAAUUGGCAAGUCCCCCCUUGCCCUUACCCCCAUGCAGCCAGCACGUAG